AGAUAAAAGCCUUCGAGAAAUUGGAAUGCCAAGAGGAGAGACUGAAAUGUGCCAAGGAUAUUUACGACAAUUUUAUUAUGAAGGAACUUUUAUCCCGGCAACACGACUACUCAAAGGAGUGCGUGGAGCACGUUCAAAGCCACGUGUCUAGAAAUGAGGUCCCAGUCACUUUGUUUGAGCCUUAUAUAGAAGAAAUUUAUAAUCAGUUGAGGGAUGAGCCCUUCAAAAAAUUUCUAGAAAGUGAUAAAUAUACUAGGUUUUGUCAAUGGAAGAAUUUAGAAUUGAAUAUACAGUUGACGAUGAACGACUUCAGCGUGCACCGCAUCAUAGGCAGGGGCGGCUUCGGCGAGGUGUACGGCUGUCGCAAGGCCGACACUGGCAAGAUGUACGCGAUGAAGUGCCUGGACAAGAAGCGCAUCAAGAUGAAGCAGGGCGAGACCCUGGCGCUGAACGAACGUAUCAUGCUGUCGCUGGUCAGCACGGGCCAGGACUGCCCGUUCAUCGUCUGCAUGACGUACGCGUUCCACACGCCCGACAAGCUGUGCUUCAUCCUGGAUUUGAUGAAUGGCGGCGAUUUGCAUUAUCAUUUGAGCCAGCACGGGGUGUUCAACGAGGUGGAGAUGAAGUUUUACGCCGCCGAAGUCAUAUUAGGUUUAGAACAUAUGCAUAGGAGAUAUAUUGUAUAUAGAGAUUUAAAACCUGCAAAUAUUUUAUUAGAUGAACACGGACAUGUUCGAAUAUCUGAUUUAGGUUUAGCCUGUGAUUUUUCCAAGAAAAAACCCCACGCUAGUGUAGGAACACACGGAUAUAUGGCACCAGAAGUAUUAUCAAAAGGUACUCCAUAUGACUCGAGUGCUGACUGGUUCAGUUUCGGUUGUAUGUUGUACAAAUUACUGAAAGGUCACUCGCCAUUCCGUCAACACAAAACCAAAGAUAAGCACGAGAUAGAUAGGAUGACGCUAACCAUGAAUGUAGAAUUACCAGAUUCCUUUAGUAAAGAGUUGAAAUCUCUUUUAGAAGGUUUAUUACAAAGAGACAUUGAUAAAAGGCUCGGAUGUAAAGGAAAUGGGUCGGAUGAAGUCAAAGAGCAUCCCUUCUUUGCCGGAAUCGAUUGGCAACAAGUGUAUCUGCAAAAAUAUACUCCUCCGCUGAUUCCACCGCGCGGUGAAGUGAAUGCAGCAGAUGCCUUCGAUAUUGGUUCUUUCGAUGAAGAAGACACCAAGGGAAUCAAGUUGACUGAUGCCGACCAAGACCUGUACAAAAAUUUUCCACUUGUGAUAUCAGAGAGAUGGCAAAACGAGGUAGCAGAAACAGUAUUUGAAACUGUCAAUUUUGAGGCUGACAAAACGGAACACAAAAAGAGAGCCAAACAAAAGAAACUGUAUGAUUUAGACGAAAAAGAGUCAGACUGCAUAUUACACGGGUACAUAAAAAAAUUAGGAGGGCCAUGGACGUCGAGUUGGCAGAUGAGGUAUGCAAAGUUGUAUCCCAAUAGGCUAGAAUUGCAUCCGGACUCGGCGAAGCCAGAAUUGGUAUUCAUGGACCAAAUAGAAGAAGUUAGUCCAGACCUAGUUCAAGUGAAAAACGAAAACUGCAUAGUGGUCAGAUUAAGGGAUGGGAAAAUCGUUCUCACGAAUCCGGACGAAAUAGGCCUAAAGGAAUGGCUGACCUCUCUGAAAAGCGCGCACAAGCUGUCCCAAGAGCUGCUCGGCUCGAUGGCGAAGAAGGCCGGCAAAAUAUACGGCACCGAUUCGAACAACAGGAACGCCAUCAUAGCGGCGCGAAACACGAACGGCAACUAA